AGCGUAACAGAUAUUGCGACAGCGGGCAGAUAUACGUUCUGGCCUGUUUAAUAAUCUAACCCUAACCGUAGUUUUUGGUUGUUUAUUUGUUUUUGAAAAUAGCAUUAUCCAUCGUAGGUAUGCUCUUUUUUUGUUUUUGAAAGACCUCCAGAAACACGCCCACUUUACCUGGAAUAUAGUGAAUGCCGAAAGUUUUCUCCCUCCGAAUCGACUCCAUUUUGUGAAGCGUUUGUACAAUUAAUAUAAUGAUAUGAUUAAUAUGUGAUAUUAAUGUGACAGAACAAGGCCUGUUGACUAAAGGAAUGUGAUCCAUUCCAUCAGAAGAUAUCAGACUCUUCAGGACUCAGCUGUGUGUUUGUGUAAACUUUACUAAUAUUUAAAGAUGGAGACUCCUGAUCUGGACACAGAUAAUGUUUCUACACCAUCAAUCAACUGUAAACCCCAGAGAAAGAGAUCAGAAUCACCAACACAAAGCUGUAUCUCCAUGAAGAGUGAUGGGUCUAUGGAUCCUCCUCCUGUGUUUAAAGAUGGAGACUUAUCACUUCUACACAGUAAACUCCAGAGAAAGAGAUCAGAAUCACCAACACAAAGCUGUAUCUCCAUGAAGAGUGAUGGGUCUAUGGAUCCUCCUCCUGUGUUUAAAGAUGGAGACUCAUCACUUCUACACAGUAAACUCCAGAGAAAGAGAUCAGAAUCACCAACACAAAGCUGUAUCUCCAUGAAGAGUGAUGGGUCUAUGGAUCCUCCUCCUGUGUUUAAAGAUGGAGACUCAUCACUUCUACACAGGCACGACCCAGAAUCUGCUGCUGUAAAUGAAUUCCAGAAAAAGUUCAAAUUAAAUCUGAUGAAGAAGUUUCAGUGUUUGAAUGGAGUGAUAAUAAACCUGGGAACCCAAACACUCCUAAAUGAGAUCUACACAGAGCUCUACAUCACAGAGGGAGACAGUGGAGAAGUCAAUAAUGAACAUGAGGUGAGACAGAUCGAGGCAGCAUCCAGGAGAAGAACAACAGAGGAAACACCAAUCAAAUGCAAUGACAUCUUUAACCCUUUAUCUGAACAAGACAACCCCAUCAGAACUGUGCUGACAAAGGGAGUCGCUGGCAUCGGAAAAACAGUCUCUGUGCAGAAGUUCAUUCUGGACUGGGCUGAAGGGAAAGCAAAUCAGGACGUCCACCUCAUAUUUCCACUUCCUUUCAGAGAGCUGAACUUGAUGAAGGACCAGAAAGUGAGCCUGAUGGAGCUAAUUGAUAUCUUCUUUAAGGAAACAAAGGAAACAGAAAUGUCCAGUUUGGAAAAGGUUCUGUUCAUUUUUGAUGGAUUGGACGAGUGUCAUUUUCCUCUAGAUUUCCAGAACACAGUGAGAGUGUGUGAUGUAACUGAAUCAGCAUCAGUGCCUGUGCUGCUGAUAAACCUAAUCAAAGGGAAUCUGAUUCCCUCUGCUCUCAUCUGGAUCACCUCCAGACCUGCAGCAGCUGAUCAAAUCCCCUCUGAGUGUGUGGAUCGAGUCACAGAGAUACGAGGGUUCAAUGACCCACAGAAGGAGGAGUACUUCAGGAAGAGGAUCAGUGAUCAGAGCCUGGCCAAUAAUAUCAUCACACACCUGAAGUCAUUAAGAAGCCUCUACAUCAUGUGUCACAUCCCAGUCUUCUGCUGGAUUUCAGCCACUGUUCUAGAGAGAAUGUUGGGUGAAGCAGAGAGUGAAGAGGUCCCCAAGACUCUGACUCAAAUGUACACACACUUCCUCAUUAUUCAGACAAACAUCAUAAGAGAAAAAUACUCAAAGAAGCAGGAGAGUGAUGAAGAAAUGCUUCUUAAACUGGGACAACUGGCUUUUCAGCAGCUGAAGAAAGGGAACCUGAUCUUCUAUGAUGAAGACCUGAGAGAGUGUGGUAUUGAUGUGAGAGAAGCAGCAGUGUACUCAGGUGUGUGUACUCAGAUAUUCAGAGAGGAGUUUGGGCUUCACCAGAGUAAAGUGUACUGCUUUGUUCAUCUGAGCAUUCAGGAGCAUCUCGCAGCUCUGUAUGUGCACCUGACCUUCAUGAAGGAGAAGAGAAAUGUUCUUAAACAGAAUCAAGAUUCUAAACGUUGGAUGAAAGAAAAUACAAUCUCAGAUGUACACAAGAGUGCUGUAUUUCAGGCUUUAAAAAGUCAGACUGGACAUCUGGAUAUUUUCCUUCGCUUUCUUGUAGGUCUUUCACUGGAGUCCAAUCAGAAACUUUUACAUGCUUUAGUAACACAGACAGGAAGAAGCUCCCAGAGCAUAAAGGAAACAGUUCAGUACAUUAAGAAGAAGAUCAGUGAAGAUCUUCCUACAGAUAAAUCCAUCAAUCUGUUCCACUGUCUGAAUGAACUGGGUGAUCAUUUUCUAGUGGAGAAAAUCCAACACUACCUGAAAUCUGGAAAACAAAGUAAACUUUCUUCUUCACAGUGGUCUGCUCUUGUGUUUGUGUUACUGGCAUCAGCACAGGAGCUGUAUGAAUUUGACCUGAGUAAAUAUACCAGUACAGAUAAGAUAACAGAAGAUGUUGUUCUGAAGAUGAUGCCUGUGAUUGCAGCAUCCAGUAAAGCAAUUAUCAGGUGUGAUUCACUUGGAGUAAAAAGUUGGCCAUCUCUGGACUCAGCGCUCAGAUCAGAAACCUCCAAUCUGAAAGAACUUCAUCUGACUGUGAAAACACUGGAUCUGUCUGGGAAUAAACUAGGAGUCUCAGAAGUGAAGAGUCUCUCUGCUGUACUGGAGAAUCCUCACUGUAAAGUGGAGACAUUGAAGUUGUGUGAGUGUGGUGUCUCAGAUGAAGACUGUGCUGCUCUGACUUCAGCUCUGAGAUCAAACCCCUCACACCUGAGAGACCUGAUUCUGUCUGAUAAUAAUCUAGGAGACUCAGGAGUGAAGAGUCUCUCUGCUGUACUGGAGAAUCCUCAUUGUAAACUGGAGACACUGAGACUAAGUUGUGUGUGUGGUGUCUCAAAUGAAGGCUGUGCUGCUCUGACUUCAGCUCUGAGAUCAAACCUGAGAGAACUGGAUCUGUCCUAUAAUAAUCUAGGAGACUCAGGAGUGAAGAGUCUCUCUGCUGUACUGGAGGAUCCUCACUGUAAACUGGAGACACUGGGGUUGCGUAAGUGUGGUGUCUCAGAUGAAGGCUGUGCUGCUCUGACUUCAGUUCUGAGAUCAAACCCCUCACACCUGAGAUACCUGAAUCUGUCUGAUAAUAAUCUAGGAGACUCAGGAGUGAAGAUUCUCUCUGCUGUACUGGAGAAUCCUCACUGUAAACUGGAGAUAAUGUGGUUGUAUAAGUGUGGUGUCUCAGAUGAAGGCUGUGCUGCUCUGACUUCAGCUCUGAGGUCAAACCCCUCACACCUGAGAGAACUGGAUCUGUCCAGGAAUAAUCUAGGAGACUCAGGAGUGAAGAGUCUCUCUGCUGUAUUGGAGAAUCCUCACUGUAAACUGGAGAAACUUUGGUUGUGUGUGUGUGGUAUCUCAGAUGAAGGCUGUGCUUCUCUGACUUCAGCUCUGAGAUCAAACCCCUCACACCUGAGACUUUUGAAUCUGUCCAGGAAUAAUCUAGGAGACUCAGGAAAGAAGCUGCUUUCUGAUCUUAAGGAUGAUAAACAUUACAAACUACAGACACUGUGGUUCUAAUGAAUAUCUGUGUGUGAUGAAGACUCCAUUCUUCCUGCAUUACCAUGAUGGAGAAUAGAGAACAUAUUUAUUAACACAUCACUCAUUUAAGUUCAUUAACACAUCACUCAUUUAAGUGUGUGUUCAUCGUGUACAGUGAAUUAGACUAAACACAAUUCUACACUGAGUUUAUAAUGACCUCUGAUCCCUGGAUAAAAUUCCCUGGACCUCAAUCCCAUAAAAACCUAAGGGAUUAUUUGGAACAGCAGAUGAAAAUCCACAUGAACUCGAGCUGAAUCCAGUCACUGGAAGAGAAAUAAAAUGGACAGGAACAGUUUCAGGACAUUGGUGGAUUUCUCACCUGAUAGGAUUGGAGUUUAUCUGAGGAGUUUAUCUGAAGAAGCCCACAGGAGACUCACUACACACAUUUAUCGCUUUGUCCUUUGGGUAAUUAAUGUUCCAGUGAUGUUAUACUAAGUAUCAGAACUCUUCUAAUCAAAGCAAAUUAAUGUUCCACCACUAACUGUUGUAUAAUGUAGUUUCAAUGGUUUGUGAUUUUACUGUUUGUGUGACUUAUUAUUUGUUUAUUAUUGUAAUAUGAUUUACACUUUUUACAUAUGUAUACUUAUAGCUAUAUUACUGGAUACAUAAUUAAAAUUGUAAUUAAAAUAAAAAUAAUUACAUAAUUAAAAUAUUG